AUGAUACUGUAUGAAGAGUUUGUGUUUGAAUUGUCGCGAACGCAUACGUCUAGGGCAUCGCACAUAUCACUGGCCAUAUUCUCAGUAAACAUGAUCUCUUAUGUCAUCGCAGCCAUCAUUUUCAGUCCCGGACCCCCAUAUCGGACAGAUAUUUUCUCCAACAAAUGGUAUUUAUUAGUGGUUUUGAUAAACUUUGCAUUAGUCGCGAGCGUUAUCUUAUUUCCGCCACAAAUUGUAUUGACUUUCUUAAACUUCAGAGAUAUUCCGUUUCAUUUCAAACUAAUAUUAUUCACGAUUUCAAUCGCAAACUUCAUAUUCUGUUACGUAUGGGAAGUGGUUAUACUUCAGGGAAUUGUCUUUAACUGGUUUUUGCCUAAAAUGCGCUCAAUUAGAGCACCAAUACAUCCGUAC